AUGGGGGACGCUCAAGGGUGCUGGACAACUGCCAACAGGAGACACUUCUGCAUCCAAAUUUGUUUCUUCCUCUCGUGCCCCCUCCCUCUCCCCACCAUGCUAUCUGGGGUCUUUGCCCUCUUCCUGUUGGCCUCCGCCUGGGCCCAAGAGGACGAAAACAAGAUCAUCGGAGGUUAUGACUGCGCUCCCCACUCACAGCCCUGGCAGGCGGCUGUGCAGACCACCCUCGGCCAGCUGCGCUGCGGGGGCACCUUGCUGAGUGACCGUUGGGUCCUCACCGCCGCCCACUGCGCCUAUCCGUUUCUGCGCGUGAGCCUGGGAAAGCAUGACCUUCGGUGGUGGGAGCCAACGGAGCAGCGGCGCUUGGUGGUCCGUCAGAUCCCCCACCCCAGCUACAACCCCCGCACUCAGGACAGCGACCUCAUGCUGCUGCGGCUGGACAGGCCCGUCCAGCUGACCCCGGCCGUGCAGCCCCUGGGCCUCUCCCCGGACUGCGCCGCGCCCGGGACCCCCUGCCGCGUGUCCGGCUGGGGCACCAUCUCCUCACCCUUAGUCCGCUACCCUGACAUCCUCCAGUGCGUCAACAUCCAAAUCGUGUCUGACAAGGCUUGCCAAGGGGCCUACCCCGGGGGCAUCACGCCCAGCAUGGUGUGCGCAGGCGACUGGCAGGGUGGCAAAGACUCUUGCCAGGGUGAUUCGGGAGGUCCCCUGGUGUGCAGGGGCAAACUGCAGGGGCUCGUGUCCUGGGGCUUGGAGCAGUGUGGACUCUCUAACCACCCCGGCGUCUACACCAACCUCUGUAAAUUCACCCGCUGGAUCCAGAACACUAUGAGGGGCAAAUGAAUCCCCCUCCAAGCCCCGAGGGGGCCAAACUGGAGCAGAGGGUCUCCCCCGUCUCUCCCACCACCGCCCCCCUUUAAG